AAAGCUGCUUGCCAAACGCCAGUAACAGAAGAAGAAGCCAAACAUGGCGACUCUCGGUAACAGUCGUGGUGAUCGCCACGGCAACUCGAGUCAAAACAAAUCUCCCCUCACAUCUCCGGAGAAAAUCCGCGAACUGCUCAACGAGGGGGUCUCGACAGCCGACACGGACAUCCACUGUGGACAAGGCGAUUCUAAAGACCCCGAAGUCAGUAGCAACACUCCAUCUCCUUGUGAGGCAACCAACAAAGAGGCCUUUUUCAGUCGAGUGCAAACAUACUCGUGUUUGAAAUGGGCCGGCAAGCCCCGCGCGCUCUCCCCUCUCAUGUGCGCCCGCUACGGCUGGAUCAACAUCGCCCACGACAUGCUCAAGUGCUCCAGCUGCCAGGCCUUCUUCUGCGCGUCGCUCCAACUCACGUUGGACUUUGACAAAUAUGAAUCCCGCAUCUCAGAGCUGUCAAGGCAACUCCAGACGAAACAUGAGAAGUUUUGUCCCUGGCCUGACUUUCCUUGUCCAGAGCGGUUGUGGAUCGUGACGGCCGGAGAGCCGUCGGCACUUCUGACCGCUUUCGUCCAGCGUUAUCAGAGCGCAUGUGAGCUUGGACAGCAGCUCCCAUCGAUGAAGCCCGAGCUGCUGAAAUCAAUGUCAUUGACCGAGGAUGUCAUAAGUGUUAUCCUUCAGCUAAUCGAGGAGGAACAAAAAAGAAAGGGAACCGCUUGCUCUGAACCUUUUGCGGUCCAAGUGGCAGCGUGCAUCGUUUCUCUCUGUGGCUGGGCUGCAAACCCAGAUGUGCCCAUCGCGACGCUGCCCAUCCUCAGCUGCUCCUACUGUAUGCGUAAAGUGGGCCUGUGGAAUUUCCAUCAAAUGGAACUCACGGGUGGUAACGGAGAUGCCGGCACGGAGCCUACAACCGCUCCCGCCGCCCCGACCCCCCCUCAGGAAAGCCUGGGGGAACAGACGACUCCUUCCUCACCCACACCUCCGUCCACUCCGAGUCGCAUGAAGCUGAGGAGCCAAGACUCUUGUCGCUCUGAUCAGGGCGAGGGCGCUCCAAUAGCUUUCCGAGCCCGCAGUCGAGACUCGCCCAGUCCUGUUGAAGAGCCGCCGAGUCCCUUGAUGAAAGGCAAGAGGCCUGCGACUCGUAGCCGGGGGCAAGGCGACAGUCUGUCCCUUCCUUCCAAACGCCUGUGCCUCUCAUUAGCUGACGAGGUCGUGCACAAGAAUGCAUUUGACCCGCUGGCUCAGCACAGAGACUGGUGUCCCUGGGUGGCCUUUGGAAAGGAGAACGUGGAUCCCCAAGCCACGUCCCUUUCAGAGCCCGUGCCAGCGCCUCAUCAGCAAGGCUGGAAGGCCGUCCUUGACCUCCUCAUGCCGGCGAAGAACACAAACGCAGCAUCUGGCAAUCCAGCGCAGGGUCCUCCUGAUCGAUCCAAAAGGGUGUUUGCUAUUUUCCGUCAAUGGCAGAUAUCCGCUCCAUCUCAGUAAAAUGCGUCAAUUCAAACAUUGCACCACUGGACUGAAGAGAUGAGCAAUAGUAUCACGUCCCAUUGCUUUGUGGAGGAAGACCCAAUAAAUCUCUUCUGAAUAUUUGGGAUACCGGCAUAUCAUGUUUGAUAGGAUUGCGUGAUGUGUGCAAAAAUAUGUGUAAGCUUGGAAAUCCCUGACGAUGAGAAAGCGUGCCAGACCGGCUCCACACUGGAUAAGCAAUGUUUACUUUUAGCGUGUGUUGAGACAGUGUUAGAAUCCCUCCUCAAAUCCACAACUAGUGUGACUGUGUGAGUGAGUGAGUGUACUUAACUCCGGAUGAUGGCCGGUUGGUAUAAUGUAUGCCAGGAACAUGGAACAUGUUUGGACUUAGCUGCCUUGAUUUUGUAUUUGCCUACUUGUGACAUCACAUUGCUUAUCUAGUCUUCACUCUCAUGCAUGUGUUGUUAAUAAAAUGGCCCCC